CGAGACUCUUCCCCUUCCGCCUCGCCUCGAGCCCGUCCCCAAUUUCCCCUUCGCUUUCUCCCUUCCCGCUCGCUCCCCACCGAAACCCGCCGAUUCGUCGCUCGCCGGAACCCUAGCCCUAGCCGAGGAGCCGCCCAUGGCCGCCGCGAUCGUGGGCUGAGGCUGUGAUGCUCCUCUAUGGGGUGAGGAGACGGCGCGGAGGCGUGGGGAUGGACCUUACUAGCCUUAAGGAGGAGAUGAGGGUGGUGGAGGAGGGGGAGGUGAGGGAGAUAGCGAGGGCGGCGGCGAUGGCGAUGGCGGCGCCGAGGUGCCGGGUGGUGCGGAUCAUCGUGCACGACGAGGACGCCACCGACUCGUCCUCCAGCGAGGACGAGGAUGAGGAGGGGGAGGCGGAUGCGGGGAGGAGCGUGAAGCGCAGCCGCGUGCUGCUCCAGACCGGCGGCGGCGGAGGGCAGGAGGAGGCGGAGGACGACGCCGCGGAGGGGGUGCGGUUCCGGGGCGUGCGGCGGCGGCCGUGGGGCCGGUUCGCGGCGGAGAUCCGCGACCCGCAGCGCGGCCGCCGCCUGUGGCUCGGCACCUUCGACACCGCCGAGGAGGCCGCCGCGGCGUACGACGCCGCGCGCCUCCGCAUCCGCGGGCCGGGCGCCUCCACCAACCCGCCGCCCGCCACCGACAGCGACCCGCUCCCUCCGCCCGCCGCGGCUCCCCUGCCCCCGCGCCCCCCUCCGCCCGCCGCGCCGCUGCCCCCUCGCCCACCGCCUCCGCCACGCCCGCUUCAGCGGGAGGAGCAGCCGAAGCUCCCGCCGCCGCCGCUGCUCCCGCCGAAGAAGCAGUACCUGCCGCCGCCGCCUCUGCUCCCGCCGAAGAAGCGGCUGCCCUCCCCGCCGCCGCUGCCGGAGACCGGGAAGCAGCGCGGCGCGGCCUCCUCAGCCUCCCCGCCCGCGCCGCCGCCGUUCACGCCGCUGCCAGUGUGGGCGAUUCUGUCCGGGAAGCGCAAGAAGCGGUCGGGCUGCGGCGGGCGCGUCCCCGCCCUCCGCACCCCCGCCGCCGAGGAGGCCAGCCGCGCCUGAGACGCCGCCCACCUGCCCGGUCAUCCCCCGCCGCCCUCUUCCUCUUCGGUACCAAUCUGAAUCUCUUACUAGUACCAGCUCCUCCUCGCGUCGUGAUUGCAAUCGAUGCUGAUGUCUACAACCUCUGUAACUCCUCUGAUUCAUGAACUGAUGAUGAUGGUGUACAUAUGCUGCUCUGCUCUGCUGCUGCUGAUGCUAGAAGUUGCAGCGGACGAUGAACUGAUCUGAUCUGUAAAAUCUGAUGAACCCUUUGUUGUGUGAUAAAUAAUAUGCGUUGACAUUUUUUCCCCGA